CUGUAUUACUCGGUCAGUCGGUCUAGAGGUACGACAUCAACAUAACGUUUUUUCAGCGCGACACCGCUGUACUGCUGCUCGUUGUUGUGCUGUCCGCACCCGUCCCGGCCACGGGGGAGAAAGAAUAUACACCAAUCGGGUCCUGUCCGACCGUACACCGUAGGGUCCGGAGCAGCGCACUUUCGAUCACCGUCGGGUUUCGCUCUCAUUCGAUGUGAUCGUGAUUGUGACAAAAGUAGUGUGAUUUGCCGCCGGCUUGCGCAAUAGGGACCUUCGAUUUCUACCGGAAUUUCAACGAAAAAGCUGAGCGAGUGAAUAAGUGACGAACCUGCCGGUUGUGGAAAUUUCCACUAUUCUAGCCGGUGUUCAAGUGACUGGUGCUUUCUUUUAACAAGCCAAACUGUGGCUUCCAGCAGACAAGUAAAAAAUUCACCACCUGAUGAGGAAUUGUGUUGUUUCAAACAUUUCAGUGCAAUUCUUAGACCACAAAAAAAUUGAAAGAUUGCACUAGCAGUGAUAAUACUCGGUGAAAAUAAGGCUGUAAAAAAGCACUCCGUUGCGGUGGUGAUUGUGAUCGUACGAAAAAAAACCCAAACCCCAAAGGAUCAGUCAAUUGCACCGAAGCAAAACAGUUUAGUGAAAGAGGCGCAACGUGAAACACGGCGUCGAAAAAAAACGUAGAUCAUUAAUUAAUUUUACUCUGUCGAGUGGAAAAUCAUAUGUAAAUUUCUUGCACGGGGUAGUGUGUGGGCCUCCGUUAGACGAAAGAAGCCCAAGCUGCGCAAAAAAAAAAACAACAACAACAUCAGCAAAAAAAAGUCUAGGCACAAGUUACUAACAGUUGCAGCAGCGCCCCUAGUCGGUAAAGUGUAGAGUAAACAUACAUACAUUCAGUCCGCAACCCAGGGGGGAACGAAACGGGGAAAGACGACGGUCGGUGAAAAGUUUGAUGCAAGAUAACGCCGAUGGCCGCAGCCGCCACCACCGGAUGGUGAAGAGAUGCCAUCGGGAAAACCCCUCGGUCGGAGAAUCGCAACCGAAACUGCAGUCGGCCGCCGCAGCAGUUGCCGGAGAGAGCGCUAGAAGUGGGUGAAAAAUUCCGACUGGCGACAGAAUUGCAACCCUACUAGCGGGUGUUAGAUUGUGAUGGUGUGAGUUUUCCUUUAUAGCUCGGUUGUUGUUGUGCAUGAUUUUUUUUUUUUGCUUCUAUGCACCCGCGUCUCUCUGGUUAGCCGGAUUUGAAGAGGUGAAAACGGAAACAAGUGAGACAAAAUUCGUGUGAUUAUCCAUCUGCUGGCUGGUCGUGGUGAUGAUGUUGAUGAUAAUAAUGAUGAUGAUGAUGAUGAUGAUGCUGCGGCAGUGAUUGACCACGAGAAGCGCGCGAUAGUGUAGAGGAAAAGAUCGCUUAACGCUUCGGUUUGGUGAUGUGAGUUUUUAUAUUUUUUUUUGCACAAGGCUAGGUAAAAAAAGGAAACAAGCUAGCGAAAAUAAAAGCAACCUAUUUACAGUUUUAGCCCGCCGAGAGAUGAAAUAUUUGAGGUAAUAUAGUGGCAUUUGACAAGUGAGUGAAGCAAGAAUUGUGAAAGCAUAACGCGGAUGGAUUAGUAAGAGUGAAAACGACAAAGAAUAUAGCGAGAAAACAGCGCUGCGCGGUGCACACAGCGACGGAUUUACUUUUGACAUUUCACCAAAGAAGAGCAAAACUGAUUCAGCUUUGGAAUUUGGUGCUCCAGCUUAGCAAACAAGCAGACACAGUGUUGGAACUUUCGUCGUGUCGUCGUUUUUUUUUCUGGUCUUUGCCUUCGGAGCCCUGCUGCCACUGGCUGCUACAAUCCUAAUCAGGUUGGUGCGUGCAAUUGCGAUAUUCAAAUGGUUUCGUGUCUGGACUGGUUUCUGGCCUUAGAGACCUACAACAGCCAAGGAGUAUUCAAAAUGACAACUUCUGAUCUCAUUUGUUGUAAUUUGCUGACCGUCUUGCUCAACCGACGGCCGUCAGUAGAUCAGCACCAAUUUUAAUCAAGAUCACGCAAUGUCACCCAGUUAGUUGAGCACACCCCUCGCACCUACAAGCAUAUUGGAGCGAUCAACGAAAAAUGCUUCACUGCCGCUCUUUGGCUGUCGAAAUCGAAAUCCUACCAGCAGCGCACCCUAUCCGGUGCACCACCAGCCACGUUCAUCCGUUGUCGUCCCGGACCGCAACCAAUUUCCUCGAUAACCUCGAAUCGAACCGGCGACGGUCUGCGGGAACUCCCCAGUGCAAUUUUAAAACGUUUAAAUUUGCGCCAAUCUCAGCCCAUUACUGCGCGCAUUAGUUCCUGGGACAUGGAACGACGAAAUUGGACCAUCGGUUAGGGUCUGUGUUUGUGUUUAUUUUUAUUUGCUUCUUUCUUCCCCUCUCUGUGUUGCUCUCUCGUUCUCUCACUCGCUCGGAUUGUCGUGGCAAGCAAAGUGCAAUCGAACAUAUUUAUGUUGAAAAUCAUCUCGAAUGGCAUAAUGACUUCAUCGGGUAUGGACAUAAGUGAAUCGUUUCGGCCUGAAGAUCUGGGAAAAACGGAUUUUUUCGAUUUUGUGACGACCGGUUCGGGGACGGCGGAAAUGACGGUCAAUGGCAGCACGGGUGGCAGUUCUUCCAGCAGUGCGAACGGAGUUACUACGGCAAGAGACCGACCCCCUUCUGGAGUUCGACCGGGAACUGGAGAUGCUGGUGGCACAGGUAGCAACCGAAGCGGUCCGGAGUCCAUUAAUGGUGGUGCGACGAGUCAAAGUGGCGAGCAGACGACGGGAAGCGGGAGCAGCGGGUCUGGCUCCAGAGCCAAUGUUGGCAACAAUGGCAACGGCAAUAAUCAACCAUUGCAAGGAUUCGACCAGUUCUGGGGACCCGACAAGGAUGUCAAUCGGCUGGAUCAGUCGAUGUUCGACGACAUCAAUCGAUACUGCUGGAUUCAGCAGCAACACAGCGGACCUGGACAACCGAGCGGAGCCGGUACGGUCAGCAAUUCCGUGACCGACACCGAUGGACAGAUCUACACAUUGACAGUAUUAAACGGAGCUCCGGAACCAUGGGUUCUAAGAAAGGACCCAAGUGCUUCGGAGCCACCUCCUCCUGCCGCGAAUCUAGACCUCGACACGAUACUGGGAGGUUUUCCGGGUUACGUUAAAACGGAAUGCUUCUCGUACGAUGACAGUGGCUUCGGCACCGAUCAUCACGGUAAGGAGGAUCCUCAGCAUCAGCAGCAGCAGCAGCAUCUUCUAAACCAGCAACAACAACAGCAGCACCUUCAUCAGCAAGUACAACAAAUACCCGUGACAUCCACCAACAUUGUGCUCUCGAAUAGCCUGAUGGAUCCGAACAGUGUGAUAGCUUAUCAGAACAAUAACAAUGACUGGCAGAUGUCAGAUCAUAACGUGGUAGAGCACGAAACGCCGGAAUCAUUGCUGCGGAGUGCAUUGCAAGGAAAAGGUUACACUAAGGGGACUGCCGUUCAGCUACAGAAUGGCAUCACCGUGAUUCCGGCCGGUCAGAUCAAGGAGGAAGAGCUACGAAGAGUCCUGUACACUGGAGAGCCAGAUUCUCUAGCCUACGCGGACUCCACCCUUGCAAAUCCUCUCUUCGAUGAGACCGCUCUGCACUCGCCUAGCUCGAAUAACCCGCAGCAUCAAGCUCACCCGGCUACGGUUGGCGAUCUCGGCUCUGGUGUCGUCGUCGACGACAUGUUUCUCACCCUCGAUUCGGCCUUCACCGAAGACUACGAAAAACUGAAGCGGAUCGCCACCGAAGUUCAGCAAUUCUGCACCGACAAUAACAACUACACCGAAAUAAUCGUGGAAUCCGCUGCCAUUAACCAACAUCAGAACCCUAGCCUAAUCAGUAGCAAUAACGGAAACAGCAAUCUAGUGAUAUCGAGUGCCAACCAGCACGCAAUAUCGACGACCACCUCGUCAGACGUGGUGACAACGACAUCCACGGCAAAAGUCAAAGCCCCGCGAACAUCCAAGAAGUACAAGCGAUCUCUAAACAGUGGUGCCAACACUACUUCCACCAACAGUAACAGCAGCAGCAGCAGUAGCAUAGCCAACAACAACAAUAACAGCAGCAUGAGUAACCUCAACACAACGCCUGCCUCGAUUCUCAGUACGACGAAUCACGGUAGCAGCAAUCCAAGUCCCACGCACUGCAAUGGCCAACGAAAGGAACGUUCACUGCACUACUGUUCGAUCUGCUCGAAGGGUUUCAAAGACAAGUACUCCGUGAAUGUCCAUAUCAGGACCCACACGGGCGAGAAACCGUUUGCCUGUUCGCUAUGUGGCAAAAGUUUCCGCCAGAAGGCACAUCUAGCGAAACACUACCAAACCCAUAUGGCACAGAAGAACCCCUCCGGUAGUGUUAAAGCCAGCAAACAAAACCGCGCAGCAACGGAUCAAGCCUCGGCAGCUGCCACAGCAGCUGCAUCCAACACUGCCAUCCACCUGCAGCCACCUCCCAACCAGCUGACACCCACAGUACCCCCGCCACUGAUUGGCCAAUCGCAAUCACCUUCAGCGACGUCGAUCCUACUGAACACUGCCGCCAUCGUUGCAAGCCGGUAAUACUCUAAACGCUCGUUUCUUGACUCAUCACCAGAGCAUUUCCUUCGAAUUCCAAUUCAAUUUUCGUUCACAUCGUUCGCGGUCUGUCUCUUAUCUGUGUAACAGAAAACCAACGAUUCCAAAAUUUAAACCCUUCUGUUCCCGUACCAAAAUCCAGCAUUUCGACACCAGCAGAAAGAGACAAUCGAUAGAGAGAGAAAAAAUUAAUCAAAAAUCACUACCACAGAUCUGAAGAACAAAAAUUGACGUUCCUAUUUUAUUGUAUUUAACCAGCCGCGUUGCGCCGAACCUAAUUGUACUCUUAGUUGCUAGAAACGUUGUGUGAUAUGAUAAACAGUGACAAUCGAAGUAAUCAAAUUAGAUUCAAAAUCGGCGGGAAAAAACUUUGCCCUCUUACUCGACCUGACCGGUGUUGCCAGGUUUCCCAGCCCUACAUUAUAUUCGUUGAGGUUCGAUCUUGCUCCCGCUGCUCUUGCAAAGUGCAGCAGCUCUCGGACACGUGAAACGUCAAAUAAUCGAGAGGACGAAAAGAAAAGAAAACAAAAAACUAACAUGUUGAAAUUUCUACUGUGAUGUUUUUUUCCCCUUCCUGCGUUUUGGCACAAAAAAGAAAAAAAAUCCCAAUAACUUAAUUUACUCGAUCAACGUUCAACAAACGUACUAUAUAACGUUAAGUUUGAGUUAAGCAGCCAGCUUCUGUCCAUUCUUGCCAUUUUUUAUAGGAGCAUACGUGAAACGUGCAGCAAACUUAGUGCUUUAUAUACUCACAAACACAAAUACACACAACAAAUAAGCAAACAAACAAAAGAAAACAAUCAAUUACGAUACUGCUCUACUGUUCAAUACUAAUUAGAUUUACGCUAGCAUAGCAAGUAAGUGUAUAGAGAGAAAGAGAAAACCAGCAACAAUUUGUAAAUAAGUUAAAUUUGACUCAAAACUGAGAAUAGACAAGAUUUUUUUUCUUCGAGAUUUAACCUUCACAGUAGCAAACAAAGAGAGCAAAAAAAGGAGAAUUUGUUUUGUUUAUCUUAUUUUGGAUUUGUUCACCAAAAAAGACGCACAAACCGAAAAACGCAUGGUUACCGAACCCAUUUUGUGUUUCGUUUUACUUUUUUUUUCUUCGUUCACUUUCCUGAGAUUAUACUCUUACAUUGAGAUUAUUGGAUGACCGAUUCGUUUCUUAUUUCAUUUUGUUUUGUUUAGUUUAUUUGAAUAGCCGUCACGAUGCAAUAUGCUGUACACACAAUGGUUAGUGAAAACAUGAGAUUGUUGAUUUUUUUUUAUGGGAAACAGUAACAGAACGAAUAAAAUGCAAUGUCUUUGUUAGAGACCCAAACCCGAAAGUUACGUGAAAUUGUUUAUCUAGAAUAUUUUGUUUGUUAGCGUUUGACGGAAGAAAAAUAAAGGAAAAAAAACGAAAGAAAUACUAGAAUAAAGCAGAGAUACGUAUUUCAUCUGUUAUAGUUGAAAGUUAUUUAAAUCUGGUUACACUGUAAGUGAUAUUGUUUAGACAAAUAUAUAGUUUAUAUUUUUAUUACAAAAAGAAAGGUAUAUUUUUAAAUCCAAUCUGUACGUGUUUUUUGUAACGCUAUCUGUUAAAUUGUUUAGAAGAUAUUUUUACUUUCCUUUGAUCUACACCCAAUAAUCGUGGCGCACAGUCGCGUAAUUUGUAAAGGUUUUUCACCCGUAAAAUACGCAUAGUAAAAUAUUUGUAGUAAGCAUAUCGUCCUGUAAAACGUUCUCUACAUUCCUAGUUUAAUAUUUGCCAAUUGUCGCAACUACAACAACAACAAAACCAUCAAUAAAAGUGUUUGUUCAUCGGACAAUUCAA